CGCAGCUAGAGCGCGGGCGUCACUUGAUAUAAACGCUAUUAUAAACUAAUUACUCUGUAAUAUUUACAAAGAAACAAUAACCUUUUUUUAAAAUCACGCUCUAUAUUUAAAUGUAAAAAAAAACUGGACUCUAGCAAAAUAUAGUUUUUUAAUUAAAAGAUAGAGUUUUGAUUAUCUAGUGGCAAAACUUUUUGUGUGUGUUUAAAAAAUGGUGAACAGGGUGUAUAAAGUUAAUUCGGAAAAACAGGAAAAGCGUGGAAGCAAGCAUAAUCAAAUAUUUAUGUCAAUUGUGGUGUGCAUGCCAAUCCUAGCAUAUGGUACGGCCAUGGGUUGGAUAUCCCCUAACAAGGCUCUAUUGAUGGGAGAAUCCUCGCCGUCCACUAAGCCCCUAACAGAGGAGGAGGUGUCUUGGAUGGCGUCCAUUAUGUUCAUUUUCGCGCCAAUUGCAGUUUUCAUUUAUGGAGUUGCCGCUGAUAAGUUCGGGAGGAAGAAGGCAUUGCUGUUCGCUUCUAUUCCUAUUUCGAUUGGCUGGGUAGUGAAGCUGAUAUGCACCCACCCCAUAGCCCUGAUCGGUGCCCGGGCUCUGAUCGGCUUUGGUUCGGGGGGUGGCUUCGUGGUCUGCCCCCUGUAUGUGAAGGAGAUCAGUGAAGACAGUAUUAGAGGCAUGACGGGGACUUUUGUUAUAUUUUCGCAGACCGUCGGCAAUCUCCUAGUGUUCAUCCUAGGUGAUCUUUUACCGUUUAACACUGUACUGUGGAUACUUCUGGCAAUUCCGCUGGUCCAUUUCUGCAUCCUCCUUCGAUUGCCAGAAACGCCUUCGUACUUGGUCAAGUGUGGCAAAAAUGAGGAAACAGCAAAGGUCCUGGGCUGGCUGCGAUCGAUUCCCCAUACGGACAGCUCCAUCAGCGAAGAAGUUGACAGACUUAUUAUUGAACAAACUACUUCAGAACUCAAGUUUUCACCCAAACUGCUGUUUGGAGACAAAACAGCUGUCAAAGCGUUCUGGGUUGCCCUCAUCGUGAACUUAACUCGUGAAUUCUGCGGUUGUAUCGCUGUGCUUGUCUAUGCGAGCCAUAUUUUUGCUGAAGCCAGUAAAGACCCUAAUUCAAGCAUAGCUCUGUCUCCCAAUAAGCAGUCCAUUUUGCUAGCUGCUGUGCAGAUACUUGGGUCGUUUUUGGCUUGUCAAUUAGUGGACAGAGUUGGACGAAAGCCGCUGCUAGCGAUAACGAGCGUAGUGGCCGGCUUCAGCAUGUGCCUGCUGGGCGCGUGGUUCUACCUGCGCGGCGCGGGGCUGCCGGGCUGGCUGCCCGUCGCCGCGCUCUGCACUUGCAUAUUCGCGGACGCGUCCGGCUUGCAACCGCUGCCCUUCGUUAUUAUGACCGAGAUGUUUAGUUUUCAGCUCCGUGGUACAGUAGCCACUCUCAUCAUGGCAAUAUCACUCGGUACCGAUUUCGCUCUGAUAAAGCUAUUCGCACCUUUGAACACGUGGAUAGGAUACCACUCCACAUUUUGGAUAUUUAGUGUUAUCUGCCUAUCCAACGUGUUUUACUUAAUAUUCUGCGUCCCGGAAACGAAAAUGCGCGACUUGGAGGAUAUUUACGCAGAUUUAGAAGGAAAGAAGCGAAAGAAAAAGCAAGAUGAUGUUGUGGAAACUAAUCAUGUGUAGUUGAUGACUUUUGUUAUCUGUUGAGGACAGUGUAUACAAUGAAACGAUGUGUACCACUUCCUUGAAGACUUGGAUUCAUCUACAAAUAAUAAUUGAUACCUAUAUCGCUUUGAAAUUUCUGCUAUAUGUGAAAAUUAUCCAAACUUCAUUUAAUUGUAGAAAUAUGCUAAAAUCCAUAGAUAUUUGUGUUACUAAACCAAACGCAAAUUAAGAAUCUCGCGACAAGCAAAUUAUUGCAAUCCAUAACUUUUUUUACAUAAAUGUGAUUUAAGUGCCAUCUCAUAAAUUUAUUUUUAUUUAAGUAUUAUGUAUACGAUGCGUACGAGCCAUUCCAAAUGAAGUAAUAUUACAAUUAUAUCAAUGUGUCUAUGAGAACAAAUAAAAACAAAUGGCUCUGGUUGAGUCGAGUCGUCUGUGAACUAAGGUUAUUUUAGGUCGUAUCUUGAAGAGUUCUUUAUAACAAUAUUCCCUGUUCCUGCAAUUUUGUUUUUGCCGCUCAUAAAUUAAUUUCAAGAAUUUCACCUCUUAAGAGUCUUGCUUGUGAAUAUUAAAAAUAU